AUGAAGAAAUUUUUUAAGAGCAAAUCUCAGAGCGACAGCAAGAGACCUUUAAUUGAGAGUGAGAAUAACAACAACAACAACUGCAACAUAGAAGGAUACGAACGGGCCACUGGCGGGUAUGACAACCCUGUGGCUCAGAACGCCCUCAACACCCAGGAGGAAAAACGCCUGGAAAGUGAGGAACAAUUCUCACUUCAGGAACUAGCUGAACUUCUGGGUGUGGACCUUGAUGCCAGCACCACUGAGAAUGGAUCUUGUUGCUCAGUGCGCCCUGAGUCCAAUUCACGGCAGUAUCGCAUUGUUCGCCUCAUCCAACAAUCUGUGAACAAGCACUUCCCAAAGCCGCCGGCCGAUGCGGACAAGAACCUUCACCAGCACCUGAUAGAUGUGAAGGAAACUGUGCGCAAAGAGCUCGUGAAGCUGGGACCCCUGCUGGAAUCAGUGGGGUUGUUGGGAUGUCUGAUUGAAUGCUACCAUCGUCAGACAUUUCGUCACCUUGAUGCUCUGCUCCAGAACAUCAGCUCCCCCCAGAGUUCCUUGGCGCUGAUCAAGUGGGCCUCCCAAACAUAUCUGAGUCAGGAUCUGCUCGGUCACCCUGACCUUCAGAAAAUGGAUCCCAUAAAAGAAGCUGACCUCUUGCUGUUCACAGAGUGGGUCGAAAAGGCAAAGGACAAACUGCUUGAGAAUGUGCAGGAUGUGAAAAGGAGGAACAACGCCUGGAAAUAUCACAUUGUUCGCCUCAUCCAACAAUCUGUGAACCAGCACUUCCCAGAGCCGCCAGCCGAUGUGGACAAGAACCUUCACCAGCACCUGAUAGAUGUGAAGGAAACUGUGCACAAAGAGCUUGUGAAGCUGGGACCCCGGUUGGAAUCAGUGGGGUUGUCGGGACAUCUGAUUGGAUGCUACCAUCAUCAGACAUUUCGUCACCUUGAUGCUCUGCUCCAAGACAUCAGCUCCCCCCAGAGUUCCUUGGCGCUGAUCAAGUGGGUCUUCCAAACAUAUCUGAGUCAGGAUCUGCUCGGUCACCCUGACCUUCAGAAAAUGGAUCCCAUAAAAGAAGUUGACCUCUUGCUGCUCACAGAGUGGGUCGAAAAGGCAAAGGACAAACUGCUUGAGAAUGUGCAGACAGAGGUCAGAGGUCAGCUGGAGAAAAUCCUGCAGAUUAAGAGAGGAAACGAAGCCGAUGACGAACUUCAUCUGGACACUAUUUUGUGCAUCGAGGCCAUGCCCAAAGAAGCACAAAAAAUCAGCCCCAAACUGUCUGACCGUCUGCAGGAGGUUUGUUUCCAAGAGCUGCUUUUGUUUCUGAAGAGCUACUCUGCUACGCAGACUGAGAGACUUGGGGAAAUGGCAAAAAUGGACAACCCAGAGAUGAAAUGCUUCUUCCAGACUUUGAACAACUGUAAAAAUCUCAAGCUGCAUGUCCAAAAUAAAGGCACCCUUCUUGAGGAAGCUGUGGCAGUGCUUGAAAACCUGGAGGAUUCCACAGUGAAACUUGUGAUGGAAAUCGUAGCUGACAUCACAGAGAGCCACCUGAAGAAAUACUUCAAAUCGGAGAACAAGGAAUUCUUCCUCUUGAUUGACGAAGUAAGGAAUCAUUUCUCCGAGUUUUCCUGCUUUCAGGACAUACAAAAGGAUCUGCUCGGUCACCCUGACCUUCAGAAAAUGGAUCCCAUAAAAGAAGUUGACCUCUUGCUGCUCACAGAGUGGGUCGAAAAGGCAAAGGACAAACUGCUUGAGAAUGUGCAGACAGAGGUCAGAGGUCAGCUGGAGAAAAUCCUGCAGAUUAAGAGAGGAAACGAAGCCGAUGACGAACUUCAUCUGGACACUAUUUUGUGCAUCGAGGCCAUGCCCAAAGAAGCACAAAAAAUCAGCCCCAAACUGUCUGACCGUCUGCAGGAGGUUUGUUUCCAAGAGCUGCUUUUGUUUCUGAAGAGCUACUCUGCUACGCAGACUGAGAGACUUGGGGAAAUGGCAAAAAUGGACAACCCAGAGAUGAAAUGCUUCUUCCAGACUUUGAACAACUGUAAAAAUCUCAAGCUGCAUGUCCAAAAUAAAGGCACCCUUCUUGAGGAAGCUGUGGCAGUGCUUGAAAACCUGGAGGAUUCCACAGUGAAACUUGUGAUGGAAAUCGUAGCUGACAUCACAGAGAGCCACCUGAAGAAAUACUUCAAAUCGGAGAACAAGGAAUUCUUCCUCUUGAUUGACGAAGUAAGGAAUCAUUUCUCCGAGUUUUCCUGCUUUCAGGACAUACAAAAGAGAGUGAUGGACGACGUCUACAAGCUCAUCACUCACAGUUACCUGAAACAUCUAAUCCAAAACAGCCAGAGCAAACUGAGGAGGUGCUGGAGUCCUGAUUUUGAACAAACAGUUGCUGAGGAUAUGAAGUGGCUACAUAUAACCAUCUCAGACCUGGCUCCUGGUGUUCAAGAGUGGAACCUCAUGUUGCUGAAAGUCACAGAGCUGGUGGAGUGUAAGAGCACUGACACGUUGAAGCUCACAGUUGGAAGUAUGCAGAAAAAAUGUCUCACACGGAGUGAGGACCUGGAGCUCCUGCCCGCAUUGCUCCAAUGGAACAGACUUUCUGGAAGGCAGGUUAAGGAGGUGCUGAAGGUCCUGGAGGUCCUCCCAGGCUAUGAACCCAGACCGUUUUGGCAAUCCGUCUCCACUAUGAAGAAUUAA